AUGGAUGAUCUUUUGAACACGGAUUGGACGGCUGCGGCGCCUGCAGCCAAGCAGAAUGCCCCGCGGCCUGCCUUUGGCAUGCCCAUGUCUAUCCCUAGUGCCGCCUCGAGCUCGCGUGCCAGUCCGGCUCCUUCACCCUUUGCCAACAACUUGCCUGCUGCCAAACCUCCGCCGAAAACCGCCUCACCUGCCAACGACAUCUUUGCCAACCUUGUCUUACUCGAACGCCAGAAACAGCUGCAGCAAGAGAAGAUCAAACAGGAGCAGGAGCAGCGUCAGAAAUAUGUCCAGCAUGGAAAGGCGACGCCUCAGUCGGCAACGACACAGCACGUCGCGCAUCCUGCUCAGGACGACGAGGACGACUUGCUAGCUGCCUUUAACUCGGCUGCUCCGGUCGACAAGUCUUCACACUUCCCUGUACCCGCCGCCUCUACUUCCAACUCCGCUUCUCUACUCGCAGAUGACGACGAUGAUCCUCCUUAUCAACCUUCUCAAUCAACUACAAAUGACGACGAUGACGAUAUCCUGGGAGAUCUGGGGAAGCCUGUGACUGCCAAACCACCCCGUCGCGAACCUCCUAGACGCGAGCCUGUCGAUGAAGCCUUUGCUGUCAAUGACGGCCGCUCACCUCCUUCCUCCGAUCCUCUCGACCGCCCGAUAGCUGAACUGGUCGAUAUGGGCUUCCCCGCUGAUAAAUCAAGAGUCGCCCUGAAAGAGACGGGAGGUGAUGUGCAGUCGGCUGUAGGUUGGUUGCUGAACCAAGCACAUCAAGAAUCAAAAGAGAGGACACAAAACCGUGGUGGAAGCGCCCGUGCUAGUCCAGCGCCUCAGGCUCGUGAUGACUCGCGGCGUGGCAGAGGCCCCGAAGAUGCUUCAGUACCUGCUUGGAUGCGACAAGAAGCACGCCCGAGUUCCAACCAACGCAGACAAGACAAUGGCACACCAUCCUCGGAGAAAGACGUGGCUGCAUAUGCCCAAGAAUUUGGCACAUCAUUUCUCAAGUCUGCAGGUUCUCUCUGGAAGACUGGACAGAAAAACUUCAAAAAGGCUGUUGCUGAGUUCCAGCAGCCCGAGGGUGAUCCAAACACACCCAAGUGGAUGAGAGACGCAAGUGCUGAUAGAGCUCCUGCUCGACCUGGACGCUCUUCAACUCCUCGUACAGCUGCACCUGCUCAGACUGCCGAUGAAUUGACAAACGAGGCAAUGCUGUUGGAGGCUAGGGACGAAAGGCCACGACCAACAAAUUCACGUACACCCGAAGUCCGCGAACCUGUAUCUAGACCAGAUUCUAGGGUUCGAUCGCCGGCUCAAGACCUGCCUGUUCGAAACCAACCGCAGUCACGUUUUGCACAGCAAGCACCUCCUCCACAAGCUCAGCGCCCCAACGCCAAAGUUAGUCGCUUUGACGUCGAGGAAGAGUCAUCACAGGCAUAUGUCAGCUCUGCAAGACGAAGAAAACCUGCCAAACCAGAAGCUCAGCCAGAGCCCGAGGUGGAUCUGUUUAGCCCUGCACCUGUUCAACCAACUCCACAACCUGUAUCUGCAAGAACAACUCCCGCUCCUCGUCCUGCGUCAGCCAAAGCCUCCACACCGGUACCUCAAGCUCCACGACCCAGAGCACCUCCACGGAACAUCCCUGCUAUUUCUCCAUCCGCACUCUCGACGUCCAGCAGUCAUCGCCGCGCAGGUACAGAGGCCUUCAAAAGAGGAGAUUUCGACGCUGCACAUACUUCAUACUCCGCUGCACUCACUCCACUGCCGUCCACUCAUCCUCUGAUCAUCAUCGUGCUCUCAAACAGAGCAUUGACAGCCAUCAAGACUGGUGAUCCCAAAGCUGCAGUCGUUGAUGCAGACCGUGUUUUGGAGCUCAUCGGUAUUGGAAGAGGCGAAAACGAGAAGAUUGACCUAGGCGGCGGCGAAGGCGAAAAAGACAUGAAAGAGUUCUACGGCAAAGCUCUAAUGCGCAAAGCUGAAGCACUAGAAAACAUGGAGAAAUGGUCCGAUGCAGCUAGUGUUUGGAAAGAUGCCAUCGCAGCUGGUGUAGGCGGCGCCGUAAGUCUGAGAGCUCGCGACCGCUGCGAAAAAGCUGCCACAGGAGGUACAUCAAAACCUGCGCCCGCGAAGCCUAGACCUACGCCAGCUGCCGCAAAGGCACCAGCAGGGAAGUUACAGCAGCCCAAACGCCCUGCAGUCUCGCAAGCACAAUCGCAAGAAGCAGUACGCAAGUUGCGCGAAGCAAAUGCUGCAGCCGAUAGAGCCGAUGAUGAGAAGUUCGCCCUCUCGGAUCAAGUCGAAGCCAAAGUCACUGCAUGGAAGGGCGGUAAAGCUGACAACCUUCGCGCUCUUCUGGGUAGUCUGGAUACCGUGCUUUGGCCUGAAGCUGGAUGGAAGAAGGUCAACAUGAGUGACUUGAUCAUGCCCAACAAGGUCAAGAUUGUGUACAUGAAGGCGAUUGCCAAAGUUCAUCCUGACAAGAUCCCACAAUCGGCCACGACGGAGCAGAAGAUGAUUAGUGGAUCGGUGUUUAGUACCUUGAACGAGGCUUGGGACAAGUUCAAGAAGGACAAUGGUCUGUGA